AUGGCGCGGAGCCGGGCGGCUUACGAGUACACGGAGGCGGAGGACAAGAGCAUGCGGCUGGGUUUCCUCCUCAUCGCCGCCGGCUUGCUUUCCCUGCUGGGGCUGGGUUGUUGCUGGCUGCGCCCGGCCUUGCAGGAACGGGGCGGCGGCGGCUCCGCCAACUGCACGGUGCUGGCGGUGCGGCAGCUGGGGGAACGCUUCGCCUGCACCUUCUCCUGCGGGGCCGCCUGCCGCGGUACCGCCCGCUACCCCUGCCUCCAGGUCCUGGUCCGCACCUCCCGCUCCUCCGCCCCUGCCCUGCUCCAUGAGGACGAGCGGCAGCUCCGCACCAACCCCAAGUGUUCGUACAUCCCUCCCUGUGCAAGAGACGAUCAGGAGAACUCUGAGAACGUCACGUACAAGCAGAAAUACUGGAAAGAGAAAGUGGGUUCGCAACCAUUUACAUGCUAUUUUAACCAACACUUGAGGCCAGAUGAUGUGAUGCUGAAGCGCACCCAUGAUGAGACUGUCCUCUUGCACUGCUUCCUCUGGCCUCUGGUUACGUUCUUGGUUGGAGUCCUCAUCGUGGUCCUGACCAUUUGUGCCAAGAGCUUGGCUGUCAGGGCAGAGGCAAUAAAAAAGAAGAAACAUUUGUAAAUGGCAAGGCUGCUGAUGGAAAAGAAAAAGCUGCAAGAAGGUCUUGAGUGGGGCAACACCUGCAGGUCAGCGAGGCACCCAGCUGCGCCUC